ACAUGUGAGGAAAACAUGGAGAGACUGUUGUUUUGACAUUUAAUAACUAAUUAUUUGUUUUCAUCAGACACGAAACGCGACAUUUAUGAGGAAAAGUACAACCUUUGCUUACGUUUCGACUCCGAAAAUAGCUGAAAGUGUGUUAGCGUAAAGUUAGGUUAACCAACUUCACCACACGGUUAUUUUUUGGUUGUUUUACUAGCUUUAAGCUUACGCCAUGGAUAACACCGAGGAUAACACGAUUGAGCUUCACGGAGAUGAGGAAGUUAUUGAAGUCAUUGACCUAAACGAGACGGAGCCUUGUCCUGAUGAUUUGGCUGAUGACUUGGGGGAUGUUGACUUUGAGGACCCCGGUAAUGCAGAAGAUGACAACGAAGGCUGGGAGACCGAGGAUGAAAUGGAAGCUGAAACCGAGAUAGAUGACAGUGAUGUCACCUUCUCUAAACACACUGGCUCAGUAUUUUGUGUGAGUUUGGAUCCUGCGACAAACAGCCUGGCUGUAACAGGAGGAGAGGAUGAUAAGGCUUAUGUGUGGAGAGUGAGUGAUGGAGAAGUUCUACUGGAGUGUACUGGUCACAAAGACUCUGUGACGUGUGCUGUGUUUAGCCAUGACUCCUCCAUGGUGGCUUCUGGUGACAUGAGCGGCACGAUUAAAGUUUGGAAAGUGGAAACCAAAGAGGAGAUCUGGUCUUUUGAAGUUGGAGAUUUGGAGUGGUUGGAGUGGCAUCCCGGCGCUCCAGUGCUGCUCGCGGGAACGGACGAUGGCAGCGUGUGGAUGUGGAAGAUCCCUGCAGGGGACUGUAAAACCUUCCAGAGUCCUGGAUGCCAGGCCACCAGUGGCAAAGUCUUACCUGAUGGUAAACGCGCUGUGGUGGGUUAUGAGAACGGAACUGUACGCGUGUGGGAUUUGAAGCACAGCAACACCAUCCAUGUUAUUAAAGGUCAGGACGGACACCAGGGGGCGCUGACCUGUCUGGCAUGCAACAAAGACGGCUCUCUGGUCUUGACGGGAUCAGUGGAUGGAUGCGCAAAGGUCAUCAACACCACAACGGGCAAAGUGGUUGGAGCAUUUUCUGUGGAGGGAGGAAAACCAAAAGGUUCAAGAGAUGAAGAAGAAUCCAACUCUGUAGAGUCUGUGGGAUUCUGUGACAUCCUCCCUCUCGUAGCUGUGGCGUACCUGGAUGGGACUCUGGCCGUAUACGACCUCUCAACACAGAACCUGAGGCACAGGUGUCAGCAUGAGGCUGGCAUCGUUCACCUGCAGUGGGAGGAGUCUUCUUCUGUGGUGUCCACCUGCAGUUUAGAUGGUGCGCUGCGUUUGUGGGAUGCUCGCUCUGGGAACCUGGUGUCUGAGUAUCGUGGCCACACUGCAGAGAUCCUGGACUUCACCAUCAACAGAGAGGCGACUCUUGCUGUAACUGCCUCAGGAGACAACCAGGCGAAAGUCUUCUGCCUCCAAAGACCUGAUCGGUAAAAAAAAGAGCCAGAGGACACAUGUCGAGCUAUUUCUGGAGAAACAGCAGAGACAUUGAAUAAUGAGACUUUUUGUGUUCCCCGACGUUGGAGAACAUGUUUCCCCACCUUCUAAGGAUUUUAAAAUAUUAUUAUUUCUGACCUGCUUUAGUUGAACUGUAGCAUUCAAAAGAUAACGUUUUUGUUUUAAACAGUAUUUAAGUUGUGCUUUAUUGGCAGCACAACUUAACUGAAAGAAGAAAAGCAAACCCAGAGCAGAUCACAGCAGAUGACAACAAACAGUUGACCACAUUAUCCUAGGUACAAGACGACCUGGAGAAUAAACAGAGAAAUUCAAGUGUGAUGCAUUAUAGUGUCCUGCCUGUGACUUCCUCUUCUGACUUUCUUUCUUUAAUGACUGUCCAGACUAAAAUAUUCAAAAUCAGUUUUUCCUUUGCAGGCGUAUGUGAGUCUUCCAAGUCUCAUUCAGGAGAUUCUCUUCUUUGCCAAACCUUCAAUGUAAUUCAAAUGUAAAUAGGAAAUAGUAAUAUUAUGCUUUGUUCUGGGAAGCCAUUAAAAUUCAUAUUCAACAA